AUGUUUUCUAGAUCACUCACACAAAUUUCCAGACAAAUUAUUGUUAGACCUACAGUUAUUCCAACAAUUUCUAGAGCUAUACCUAUCAUAUCUAAAAGAUCAUAUCAUGAGAAAGUUAUAGACCAUUAUGAAAAUCCAAGAAACGUUGGUGCUUUAAAUAAGAAUGACUUAAAUGUUGGUACUGGUUUGGUAGGUGCACCAGCAUGUGGUGAUGUCAUGAGAUUACAAAUUAAAGUCGAUGAAACUACUGGUAAAAUUGAAGAUGUUAAAUUCAAAACUUUUGGAUGUGGUUCAGCAAUUGCUUCAAGUUCUUAUGCUACUGAAUUAGUUAAAGGUAAAACUUUAGAUGAAGCAUUACAAAUCAAGAAUACUUUUAUUGCUCAAGAAUUAUCAUUACCUCCUGUUAAAUUACAUUGUUCAAUGUUAGCUGAAGAUGCAAUUAAAUCUGCAGUUAAAGAUUAUAAAUCAAAGAGAGCUGCAAGACAACCCACUUUAGGUCCUGAUGCUACUAGCACUUCUGCUUCUUCAGCUGUUGCUGCUUAG